AUUGUUUUGUCCUGAUCAAGGAUUAAACCUGUCGAGAGCUUUAGCAUCUACAGAAUGAGAUUCUGUAGCUGUAGGCAGCAGGUUAGAUUGGGCCAACUCAGAAACUCUGUGGUGUGAUGUGUGAGUAACAGUGAGCUAAGGCUAGGGUGUAGGCAACAAACUAGUGAAGACACAGCUCAUGUCAACUGACGUAAAAAGAGCCCGCGCUCCUGAUAGCCUUGUUUCUGCCUCUAAAUGUCAGUCAUACACUUCAAUGGCAGCAAGUUUCGCGUAGCUCCGACUCCCAACACACAAGUCCAGCUCAUCUUUCAAGCUGUGACCAGGUGAGAGCUCUGCUGGUCCAUAGAAUCGAGAGGUUGAGUUGAUGAGGCUCUAGCUCCCUCAUGCAGCUCGUGGAGAGAGUCACGUCAGAAGCUAAGCACGUAGUUUUGGCGUGUAGUUGACGAUUUUGUAUUCGAUAGGCGCACAGGCUCGGUCCAGAGUCUAGAUGAGUAUAGACAGAGUAGUGACUACUCCAUGGUUUUGAACAUGGAACGCACCCACUCAAGGACAUUGUUGUGGUGGUAAACAAGCCAAGGCACGACCACGAACUACAAAAAAAAACGGCCGGUUAACCACACAGGGGAGCAUGUGCCCGGUUACAGGUUUCAAACUUCUGAUGAGGAUCACUCGUUGGUUGGAGACGACGUGUUGUAAGUUAUGUGGUAGCAUCUAGUGAUAGUUUGUGAACCAGAGAGCCUGAUGCAUCCCGAUUCGGAGUUUUUGAUUUAGCAGCUUCUUUUUGGCUUUCUAGUCUUAUUCAGGAUUCGAAUAUUGCUGAAGCAAGACGAUCUUGUAGUCGGAAUCAUCAUCAGCAGCUGAACUCGAUUAUGGAAGAAUUCUGAAAAUGCAGCUGUGGAAGUUAGGAAUGAGAAGUAUUAACUCCAAAGAGGAACGUUUUAGGUAUCCAAAUUCCAGGAAUUUUUCAGACUGAGGGUGAGGAGAUUGUGUAUAGCAGUAACAUGUGAGAUUGUAGAUGGACGCUAUGCCAAGGAUAUGGCGCAGGAAGCUUCUCUCGUCAAUAUUCCUGUUCCUGGGACUCAACUUUUUCUUUUGCAGAUUAAGUCAUGCUACUCUAGAACAAGGCAUUGCCUUGCAGGAAGUGAAAAACUCCGGAUGGAUAACCCAGAAUCUUACUUCAUGGACACCAGGAACAGACCCUUGUGUCAGUCACUGGGUAGGCAUCGAUUGUGACACGAUGGGCAACAUCAUCACCUUGAACUUGACACAUACGGGCUUAAGAGGGCCUAUUCCACUUGCUUUGGGAAGACUUACGUUGUUGAAAUACUUGGAUUUGGGAAAUGACAAGACAUGUGAAGGCUGUGGCCCGUGGAAUCGUGUGACAGGCGACCUCACUGCUCUUGGGACUCUGGUGAACCUUGAAAGACUGAUUCUAACAUCGAAUGAGUUAUCUCUUUCGACGUUCCCCACAGCUAUAUUUCAGCUCACGAAACUCACGGAUCUGAGGCUUGACAAUACGCUGAUCGAAGGCGGAAUUCCCCUGCGAAUCUCAACUCUGCACAACCUGCAAUAUCUGUACCUUGGAAAUAAUUCGUUUGGAGGAACCAUUCCUGGAAGCGCGCUAAGCUCCUUAACAAACUUGAAGGAACUGUCUCUCUGGGGUAAUAGUCUCAACGGGGUGUUACCACCCGAACUUGGCAACCUUGUCAAUCUAACCUACCUGAACGCGAAUAAGAAUAAUCUCUACGGUGGUCUUCCUCCGGAAUACGGAAAGCUCACCCUUCUGAAAAAGCUACUUCUUUACAAGAAUACAUUUACAGGGCCUAUCCCAGACACAUGGCGUGGAAUGACCAGCAUGCAAGAUCUAGAGAUCAAUGUCAAUUAUUUGUACGGGGGGCUUCCUUCGUGGCUGCUGAAAAUGCCUGCAAUUAAAAUAUUGCAACUCGGCAAUAAUCAGCUAAGUGGUCAGACAUUACCAGUUCUGAACAUCAGCACCGCGCCCAGUUUGAAGUACUUAUAUGCUGAUUGCAAUUACUUGGAAGGAGUUCGGCCAAAAAUCGACAAUAUCACGGCGGCGCUUGAUUAUAACUGCUGGGAAAACGAGGGUUCUUUGGACUCCGCCUGUGUCAGAGCCCUAAAUUGCUUAAAUUUUCAACUCGCUGUCAGCAACGGAAAAUGUCCAGUUUGUCCUAGCGGGCAGCACAUGGUCAACACCACGACAUGCAUCUGUUUUCGAGAUCCUGAAAAUUCGAGCAAGAAGUUGGCAAUUGCUGCUAUAGUUGGAGGUGUAGUAGGGGGUGUAUUCCUCCUACUUCUCGUGGUGGCUUUUUUCAUUUUCAGAGCCAGAAAGAAGUCAAGAAAAUCUCAACCAGCAGUUUCCCAUCCCGACUACUUUCAAAUUGAGAACGGAGGUAGUACGAGGUCAUUGUCCCAAUCCUGGGAAGCUCCAGGGGGUGUGCAUCACUUCUCAAUCAAGGAGAUAAUAAAGGCAACAAACCGCUUUGAUAAGGCAAAUGAGAUUGGAGAGGGUGGAUUCGGCAAAGUUUUUGUAGGAAAAUUCCCUUGUGGACGCUCACUUGCAAUCAAACAAGCGUGUAUUGCCGAUUAUUCGUCAGAGACUGGCCGUGGACAGUUCAGAAAUGAGGUAUCGUUAUUGAGCAGGCUUCACCAUAAGAACUUGGUACGACUGGAGGGAUUUUGCGACGACGGUGGUCAGCAGAUUUUGGUAUAUGAGUACAUGAAGUUGGGAAAUCUUCACGAUCUUCUCCAUGGAAAUGUUCAAGGCAAGCACGUGACAUUGGACUGGUACAAGCGUCUGGAGAUUGCUGUCAAUGUUGCUCAAGGCUUAGACUACUUGCAUUCGUUUGCGCACCCCCCUGUCAUUCACAGGGAUGUGAAGCCUAGCAACAUCUUGCUUGAUGACAACCUUGUAGCCAAAGUGGCGGAUUUUGGUAUAUCCAAAGAAACGAUUGAGAUGGGCACUCAUGUGUCUACAAGGCCAGUGGGGACAGCAGGGUACUGGGACCCUCAAUACUUCCUUCGUCUACAAUUGACUGCUGCCAGUGACGUCUACAGCUACGGUAUCGUUCUUCUUGAGCUCAUUACCGGCCGUAAAGCGAUUGAAUCUGAUGGACUUGAGGAGGAUACUAAUAUUGUUGAAUGGACAAGGGCGAAGAUGGAAGCAUGUCAAGAUGCACUCCACAGCAUAGUAGAUCCUAGACUGGAGGGAGAUUAUCCAAAAAGAAUAUUUAAAUAUCUGGUUGAUCUUGCAUUAAAAUGUGCAUCUUUUGAAAGACAAACUCGACCUACGAUGAAGUACGUAGUGAGUGUUUUAGAGCCUUUGUUGCAAGAGGCAGAAAGACCACCUCAGAGGAGUUCGCAGUCAUUGUCGUUUUCGCGACCACUAUCUUCUUCAACGACAGAAACCAAAGUAGGUGGCACAGGCUCCAGUAAGAGCACCAUUAGGAGUGACAUUGAAUUCAGCAAUCUUACAGGUGAUACAUGGGACACUUUUCCAACUGUGGCAUCAACACGCACAGAAGUACCUCAACGGGGGCAAAGUCCAGAGCUUGAGAAACCAUCGUCAACAAUAUGAUGAAAGAAGCAGAUAUCUGAUGCAUCUUCUCAGCUGUGUACAAGAAGGAAUAAGAUUUCCCUGAGCAUCUUACUCAUUGGUUUUCCGGAGAAAUUAAUUGCAGAACCAUCCUGUAAGCAUCCCGAUCUGCAGCAUAAUAUGACUUGAUGGUUGUCUCUACGUAGAACCCUUUCUUUUUAUAUAAAGCAACAGCAGCAGAACGAGCUGGGUCUACGUGAAGAUUCACGCAUUGAAGCCUUCUAUCACGAAUUUGUUGAACAGCUGCAUCUAUUAGUGCUUCACCAUAUCCUUGUUUCCGGCAAGUCUCCCUUACUGUAACAACAUCAUUGGUCAGCAACCUGUUUCCACUCAUGGGAUAAAGAAAUGAGUUGAAUCACAUGUGGGCGCAAAAAAUAUAUAUACUAUUUUGUUAGAAUGUAGCUCACAUUGAUUUUUUAUUCAGUAACUACUGCAAGUACUUCAAAUAGCGAUUAUCAGUGAAGGCAGUCUGGCCUGAUUCUAUCA